CUCAUCUGUAGCUGAUUUUGGCUUUACAAAUCAAAAUCAAUAUCCAUACUAUUUAGGCAGGCUUUUGCCCCUUUUUAUGAUAGUAUAUUUACUCCUUUUGCACUAGACUGCACAAUUGGUUCAAAAGGCCUAUGAAGAGCUUUAAAAAGUUCCACAUUCUACUCGUCUUUGUGCCUCUGUCUAUUUAUCAAAAUUAACUAGAUCAUAAAACCUCAAACUUUUUAAACAACGUGUAAUUACUUUACCGUUCGUACUUCCAAUAUGGCGACCGUUAUUCCUCGACGCAUGCGCAGUCCACUGUAGCGCGUCGUGCGUCUCGCUCGCUCUUGCAAUGCAUUUUAAACGAAACGUAUUCCAAAUUCAAAUCGUGUCGGUGCCGUAUUGAAUUCCGUCAUGUGAAAAUUGUUUUGCGUGUUUAAAAAUCGUCAAAAAUGUUGAGUCAAGCGAAAUGGCUGAUGAUGGUGAUAGCGGCGCUGCUGACGCUGCAAUCUAGAGGAGAUGGCGGCAUCAGGCUGCCUGACCAGGCCCCGAAGGAGGAAGGGGAGGGGAGGAGUCUUAACUUUGGAGGGGAUAGGGGACGAUCUCCUCAAGCCCAAGGCCGUGGUCUCCUGGACUGGCUCGGGUUCGGAGAGGAUCAGGACCCUUACAUCCAGCAGUCGACACAGCAGUGCAUCAACGGAGACCUCGCUGACUGCUUCAAGGCUCAAGCCUUGAGGUCCUUUGACGACUUCUUCGAUAAACCGGCUUACCAGCUAUCAGAAAACGCAGUGCUAGUGAAGGUAGAAUCCCAAGCUCGUGCGCUUACUCACGAACCGCCGCAGCUCGAGUCCCAGCCACGAAGCGAGGAUUCUGAUUGGGAGGCACUUGUUAAGUUCGGCAUGAGGAAGAUUGAGAGGUUCCUAAGAUCGACAGCUCUGGAGAUGCAGCUCGAUGAUGAGGUGACGUCACGCGGAGUGAUCGCUCCUCGCUUCAUUGAACAAUUCUCAGAUGAUGACGUCAUUGAAAACAAGAAUGCUCCUUUCCGUCACCACAAGUUGAAGAAGCUGAUCAUCCCUAUGCUGUUGAUCCUCAAGCUGUUCAAGUUGAAGCUGCUCCUCUUCUUACCCCUCAUCUUAGGUCUCGCCAGCUUCAAGAAGUUCCUCGGUUUCAUGGCUCUUAUCAUCCCAGGUGUUAUCGGCUACUUCAAGUUCUGCAAGCCUAACUCGUCACCAUUUUCCCCCGGGCACUACUCCGGGCCGCAGUACAGUCCAGCCGGCAUUGGGCUCGGACCCUACCGGGAGUCACCGCCAUCGCAUUACGCGCCUUCUCACUAUGAAACUUAUCAAGGUCACAAAUACGGCUCAGGAGGUAUUUCCUUCAGGGAGAAUGAGAGUCCUCAAGACCUGGCAUACCAAGGCUGGGAGUACAGGAACAAGAAAGGAACCGAAGACAUCAAAGCUGAGGAUCCUUAAGACUGACGAGAUACUAAGCAUUUAGGUAACAAACAGUCAAAAUAUCGUAGGUUUAAGAAAGAAGUCAAAGAUUUCUGAUACAUAGCUGAUAAGACUACAGUAAUACAUAAAGUUAAUAUUAUUGAUAGUAAA